AUGAUGCUGUCGAACUCCGGCCAGGGGUUGUUUCAAUUCAGUGCACGUAGGUGUGUAAAAAUCAUUCGGGAGUGAAACUAUCGUUUGUCUACGUAGUCACAAGAGUAAUCAGGUGUCGUUUCGAUUACCCAAUGGCAGAAACUAAAGGAAUGGCAAUGCUUGCAGUUGUGCACUUGAUUCUCUACGCAGGUUUUGUCACCUCGUCUUCUGACAAGAAUACCUUACAUGCCAUUUUCAGCAUGGGUGGAAUUAAGGGUGACGUGGUCUUUUCCCAGCCCCAAGCCAAUGGUCCUACAACUAUCAUGGUCAACUUAACAGGCGUCAACGAGACACUGACAUGGAACAUUCAUCAACUGCCCAUGAUCUACGAUGGUAAUGCAGCUAUGAGCUGCGACGUAGGAGCUCUCUUUGAUCCCAAAAUGGCUAAGGAAUCUCCAGACUACAAUGCCAACUGCCUUUUUUCCCGUCCUGAAAAAUUUGACUCAUGCGCAGUUGGAGACUUGGCGAAAAUGCUUGGCAACCUGACUGGAAACAGCGCUCAGCAAAAUUAUACAAAUCCGCAAUUGAUGAUUCCGAUCACAGGCCCAUACAGCAUCAUGGGGAGGACACUAGUCCUGUAUAGUGGCACCACAGCCAAGGCAUGCGCACUGAUUACUCCGGCCCAGUCCAUGGAAACAGCCGUCGCUGUUUUCAAAUUUCCAGUUGCGGGCUUCGUUUAUUUGAGACAAGUUGACGAGAACUCAGACACCUCUGUUUUUGUUGAUCUUUUUUUCGUCAACAAUGCGGAGUCAACACAUGAGUUUAGCUGGCAGAUUAAUCAGGGCGUGGUUAGUGAUGAUUCCUCUGAUCCAUCUUUGUAUUGCAAGAACGUCGGUGAAAUGUUUAACCCAAAGGGCAUUAAAGAUGAAAACUGUAACCAGACAAUGCAUGACAAUUGUGCCAUUGGCGAUCUCACAUCCAAACAUGGCAACGUCUCUGUCUCUGUGGCAACUGCUAUGCAAUCAUCAACAAAAGCGGCCUUCACCGAUACUAACUUGCCCCUGAACGGGGCUAACUCGGUCACUGGAGAAUCUAUAGUGUUGUUUUCGGACAGCGACGCUAAAAACCCUGUUGCCUGUGCAAAGAUUGUCCACUUACAACCCAAAACACAGGAAGCUUCGUUCAAGGCGGAUGUCAAUGAGGGUGUGAGUGGUAAAUUUAAGUUUACUCAGUUGUCUCCUUUUGAUCCUACAACAACAGAAAUCAACCUGAGUGGCCUUCAGAACAAGGCUGAAGGGUAUCACGUGCACGCAUACCCCAGUCCGUCGUAUAAGCAUUUAACACCGAGUGAAGCAUGCGCUGGCCUCAUUGCUGGAGAUCACUGGAAUCCUUUCAACAUUGAUAUUAACACAAGCCCUGCAGCAGGCACAGGAACAGACGAUGAAUAUGAAAUCGGUGACUUGAGUGGAAAGUAUGGGUCUUUCCUAAACCUCACGACCUACAACGAAGAACACACGGAUUACAAUCUACCGCUAUUUGGCGUAAACAGCAUCCAGGGUCGCUCUGUUGUCAUCCAUUUACAGAAGAUAAAGGACGCAAAUAAGCGGUGGGUUUGCAGCAACCUCGUACCUGUUGUCGAACCGCAGACCACUUUCGUCAUGAAAGCCACCGCGAAUUUCACUGGACCUACACUGACAGGAGUUGUUUUAGUGGAUCAGUAUUUUUCCAGCAAGCCCAAUACCGCCGGUGAAGAGACCUCGAUUUACAUCGACAUCACGUACACUGUAGCCCCGAACACCGAAACAACUGGUCACAAGUGGGACGUACAUGACAGUCCAGUGGGUGGAGACGCACGUGCGGCAGACCUCAACAAGAGAUGCCUGAGUUUGGGGAGAAAUUUUAAUCCGUACGGGGUUAAUACUCAGGGAAGUUACUCCACCGCCUGCAGACCAACUAACAUGCUUCGUUGUGAAUCAGGAGACUUAUCUGGUAAACACAAUACUUUUACGGUGGGCGGUCGCCGGCAGUUCUUCAAUGAUGUCAACCUUCCAUUAUUCGGCAGAAACUCUGUCGUUGGUCAUGGCAUCGCAGUGAACGAUAAACUUGGACGAAAUGGUCGUCUUGGUUGCGCAAAUAUCACGGCUGACUCGUCUCUGUUUGUAGAGAAAUCCCUGGAGUACAAAAAAGAGAAUGACUUUUCCAGUGCUCAUUUUGUCGACACCAUGUCUAAAGCCUUAGAAAUUCCAAAGUGGCGACUUUUCAACAUUCGGACAGAGAAGGGCGACGAGGAGGGAUGUCUGAUAGUCAAGUUUGGCAUCAUUGGCAAAGCGGAUCAAUCUAGUCAACCUGUGAAGAAAUUUGAUGAUAUCCUAUCAAACAAGCCAGAAGACCUCAAAGAGUAUCGCCCGAGCAAGGACUGCGAGCCGGAGACUACUGGAUCAGGUGGCCAUCUCGUGAACUCCUUCCUAUUGGUCGCUGUUGCUAUGGCAACAAGUGUCAUGAAAGCACUGCGACUGAUUUGAGUUCAAAUUUACAAACUUUGACGAUGGUUAACCACUGAAGAAGUCACGUUUCUGCCUAGUUCCAAAGAUCCGUAGAAUUUUUUUUGAGAGUUCGCGUAUGUUUUUAGUUAGAUUAUGCAAUUUGCCAAACAUGCUGUGUUAAAAUGUUAAAAAGCUAUUGCACUAUUUUUCAUUUUUUCUUCUCACACCUUGAUGUUGAAUUCUAUUCGGGAUAGUCACCGCUGACACAAGCAGAUUGACGGCGCGUCUAAAUAAGAAAGUAAAGGUGUGAGGCAAGACAGAAUAGACGAGUGUUAAAUCUUCUGUUGCCGUAAUGAAAUUAGAAAGGAAUUUGUGAAACAAAGAAGGCAUUAGUUGCUGGCAACCUAAUUAGAUUAAUGCGAAUUGAUGUGGUGCUAAUAAAGAAACUCCACUCUCAUUGUGUCAUACGAAACUUCAUCUGGGACCCGACUACCGUAUUUUCCAUGGAUAUUGAUGACGUCAUUUCGCGAUUUUUCACGGUUGUUUCUGCUAGUAGUCAGUUUAUCUAUAUAAUAAAAAGAAAAUUACACGGUA